AUGAGUGAAGAUAAACUUUGUAGCUAUGAAGUGCCACAAAAGUUUACUGAAUGGCUUUUGGCCAUGGGCUGUCCAGCUGAGAAAGUUCCUACAGUAGAUAAAGUGACUUUAAUGUGCAGAGGUCAAUACUACAUGGUAUGGCGCAGUUUGAUGGAACAUGUUUACCCUAAAAAUGUUAUCAGGGAUAAGAGACUACAAGUGUUUUGUAACGAUGUGAGCAUAUGUAAGAAAAAAAGCGCUUUCAGCCAGAAUCUGAAUGUGAAUGUGAUUGUGCCUGAACAAAUAUGCCUGUAUCAGCAGCAAAAAGAUUUAAAGGAAAAGGUUUACGAUGCUGAGAACCGAUUGCAGCAAUCUCAAGAGACACUAAAUCAACUGAUGGAUAAGAUCACUACGAAGGUGUCGCAACGCAAUGUAUCCCGUCAGCGUAUCCAAGACCUCCAACGCAGAGUGUGGCUUCUUCAACAAGUCUCUGAGGAAUUGCAGUGUAGAAAAGAUAACUUGGAGGAGACUUGGACAAUUGCAAACUCAUUGUGCUGUAUCAGAAAUGAAAAUGAGAUACAGAAUAAGGUCGACAAAUGCGUAGCUGAUCUGCGUCGGCAAGGCAGUCAGACGUCCACUGCUGCUUCACUCUCUCUGCUUUCAAACGCGAAUCCCGUCGCAAGCUCGUCGGCUGUGUCAAUUCAAAGUGAAUGUGCUGAUACCGAGGAGCAGGUGUCGUCGCUGGCGCGGUGCGGCGCGGCGGCCUGGGCGCAGCUGCGCGAGCGCCGCGCGGGGCUCGCGGCCGCGCUCGCUGCGGCCAACGCCGCCCAGCCCGCCUCCCGUGUGCGUGACGCAAGGGCUACGCCACAGUCUAUGCUUGCGCACACAGCGAGCCUUCACUGCACGCUGGCGCUAGAGACGAUGAAGAAUCGCGUUCAUAUCAAGCAUACGCGAUCUCGCUUAGCCAGCUCUGUUACAGACUUGAAUGCAUACCUCUCCGGCGAGGCCUGCGAACUUUUAGUGCUCCGAUGUGAAAAAGCGCGGUCCGAAGCGAGGGUGAAUACAUUACGAGGUUUGCUCCAAGAACUGACCUCACGUAGCGGCAUUUUCAAAACAAAUGGAGAAGACAUAACGGACAAACAGACCACGAUACGACAGAUAGCAACAACUGAUAAGGCAAUUGAAACAAAGAGGGAUGAGUUAAAAAGGCUGCUCGCCGUCUUGUCUAUAACUGAGAGGAAAAUCCACAAUGUUAAGGAGUGUCUUGUUACGGUGUUUAAUAAUUUCCAGAAGGACUCACCGAUUAAUGAUACUUAUCGAGGCAAAGGUAUUCAAGUGGACUUUCCUAAAGAGUCAAUAUCUACACUACGUCAAUUUUAUGAGGAAAGACGCGAAAGGCGCAGAAACAAACCCGAUCUAAGUAUGGAAUUCGAUGUAUCGGAUUACUCAUUCAAUGAUGCUGUUGAUGGCAAUCCAAGAUUUAUUGAUGAAUUAAAAAUCUACCUAAAGAAAUUUAACUUGGAAAAGAACAAAAAGCUUGUCUUAGAUAGCGGUGAGAAAAUCUGGAUAUUUGAGACAGUACAAUCACUGAUAAGCCGCCUCCAUUCACUUUGGUUGUCCGAUGAUGUCUCUUGUUCGCUCAUCUAUCCAUCUGUCGGUCUGCGGAGCUUGUGCCAUCUGGUGAACGACGUGAAAACUAAGGAACUUCUUGAGGGCGUUGUUAAAGAACUAAAUAACGCCGAGGUGAAAAAUAAUGUUGCAAUUGACAUAAACAGCAGGAUAGAGCAAGAAGCAGAAUUAAUUGACAAAAUUAAAAAGCGAAUAGGCGGCAAUCUGACGACAUUGCAACAGAGCGAGAAGACCUUAGAGUUGGGUCAAGAGAACUUGAAGUUUUGGGCUGAUAACGAACUGAAGAAGUAUAUCUCCAACAAUAGGACUGUCGACGGAAAAACUUAUAAAGAUUACGAGGCGUUUUAUUUGGAAUGUCUUAGUUUGAAUGUGUGA